AUGAGCUCUUCCGCAGCUCGAGGCAGCUCCACCGCUUCGGCUGCCGCUGCCUCUCGAGACCGCUCACUCCGCCAGCUACUCGAUCCAACUGACCUACUACCCGGCCACACAACCGCAGAUCUGUACAGUCUGCGUCACUUCACCCUCCGAGGCGGCCUUCCAGAUUCGCCCGGCUGGCUCCGAGCACAAGCCUGGAAAGUGCUACUCGGCUACCUUCCUCCAGAGAAGAAGGAAUGGUCUUCCACGCUCGCCAAGCGACGCAGAGAGUACUACCAAUUCCUCAACGACCUCUCCCCUCCGGCUGAUCCAUCCCAUAAACCCAUUCACCCAAAUAAGCUCACCGACAACGAUCGACUGCUGGAUCAGAUCUACAAGGACCUUGUUCGCUCCCGCAAGAACGGUUUCGCCUUCUACCAAGCUUCGCCACAACCGAGCGCAUCCUGUCCCAUCGUACCGGUCCCCGCCUUCGACACGACGCAGUUGCUACCGACUGCUUUACCAGUGCAGCGUCUAGAGACUCGCGACAAUCUCCUGCACCGUUUGGCCGCCAUUAGCCAUGGAUACGCUCAGCAGCUCUCUCUCGAGCGCAUCGCUUCGACGAGCUCCUCAGCCGCCUCACGACAUUCUCCACCACGAGUCCUGCACGUCCAGACAGACACAGGCAAUUCGUCUCAGCCGAUGGACGAUCCGAUCAAAAGCCCCCCCAUUCUCCUUUCACCACCUUCGCCUGGUGGCAUGUCGCGAGAAUCAUCCCAGCACUCUUUUGCUUCGGCGAACGAAGCGCUCGAAAGCACGCCGACCUCGCCAGACCACCACGACAACCAAGCGACAAUACAGGCUCAAGCCGCAAUCGCCAGUACUCAUUCCUGCACACCGGCAGACGACCCUGCAGCAAGCAUUCCAACUCAACGCAACUGGCACUCGCUCCUGCGCAUCCUCUAUCUCUUUGCUCUUCUCAAUCCUAGCAUCGGCUAUGUGCAAGGUAUGAAUGAGGCUCUCUUCACGCUUGUCUACGUUUUCGGCUCGUCACAAUACCCUCACCCGGUCGGCGACACCCUCACACCAAGCAACUCGCAGACGGGAAUCGCCACCAGCGCCGAUGGCACAGUCUUUCGGUCCUGGGACAAUCAGUUCGACCUCGUCAACCUUACAACACAUGCAGAGGCCGAUGCAUUCUGGUGCUUCUCGGCAUUGAUAGGCGAGAUGCGAGAGCUCUACGACUUCGACAACGUGGACCAACACGCUCGCGGCGGCGCUGGCUCAGCAGUCCGGUCACAGUCCGGCAUGGCAGGUGCCCUCCGUCGCUUCAGUCUGCGAAUCAAGUGGCUCGAUCCACCAUUAUGGCGCGACCUCCGAGCCGCAUCUCUUGACCCGCAAUUGCCCUACUACUCGCUGCGCUGGCUUGCUUGCCUCCUCAGCACCGAGCUCUCUUUGCCAUCUGUGCUGCGCAUCUGGGACGCCUUAUUGGCGGAACAAGAGACGGCUGGCGUCUCCGGCUCGGCAAAGAUCGAAUUUCUCAUCGAUGUAUGCGCGUCCAUGGUGCUGCAAACCAAAGACCGCUUGCCGAGCAGCGAAGACGACCUCGACAUGGAGUCCGAAGGCUUCUCUCGCGGUAUGCGAGUCCUGCAAGAGUAUCCGGAUGACGACAUCAGCCCUGUGGUCGAGGCAGCCACUCUCACUAGGCAGCGACGCCUCGCGGCCGAUCUCACAGGAGAUGGGCCGCCAAACGACUCUGACGACGACGAGAGCGCCAACGCCAGCUUUGGCGCUGUCAAGGCGAGAGCUGCGCAGGCAUGGCGAGAUUGGAAAAGCCCUCGACAGGAUGCGUCUCACCACCCAGAUCGCACUGCGGCGCCUGCGGAGGCUGCUCCGCCAACUACAAAGGGAGGCUGGCUUGUGUCUCGGGCCAGACAGCGCCCAAGCCUGACCAGCACGGAAGAUGCCGACGUCUCGAUAGCAAGCAGUGCCGACGGCGCAGCCAGCGAGGCGUCGACAUCGUCCAAGACCAGCUUCAGUGGCUUCCUCGCCAAGUACGCAGAGGCUGUGCAGAGCAGCGAUGCUGCGGCCAACUUCUCAAAGGCCAGCACCAAUCUCACCGCAAAAGCUAUGGCGUUUGCCGAUCGCAACAGCCGCGAAUCCACUCCGGAGGCCUCGGCGUCUCCUCAGAUCAACGGAGGCUAUGGGUCGCUGGGACGUGGCUUUGCAACACCUCCGAUCGGCUCACAGAACGCACGCUUUUCUUCUCUUGGCUCGAUAGGCACGGGCUUCUUCACUAAAUCCCGAAGAAACGCCAGCGAGAGCGUAGCGCAUCCGACAGCAUGGGGAUCGCCACAUACGCCUGACAUGACACGCUGGUCGCGCGAGACCAUGGCCGACUUUCCCCUUCCAAAUGUGUCAGACGAUCCAGCUGGCCGCAUGGAAUACGUCGACACGUACGGAAAGCGCAUCAGCAUGGCGCAGAAUGGCAGGCGCGGUGCCUCGCCCUCGUCUUCGGCCGCAGGAGACGAUCACAUGGAGCGACGAGCUAGCGAGACCGGCACGAGCAAUUUUCCGCUCCCUAGCAUGAGGGCGGCUGCUCGCAUGGGCAUCCUCCCAUCGCGCAUCCGCGAAGAGUCUGCUAGCCCCAGCAGCCGCUCUACCGGCCCCAAGCCUCUCCUCUUGUCACAAUCUGCGCGGCCUCCUCGCGAAGGCAACAGUAGCCCGCGCUCGCUCGCUGUCGAUGAGCCAUCUCGAAAGAUCUCAUCUGGACCUAUGGCCCACAGCAUGAGUCGCGGCAAUAGUCACCAGGACAGCCGGAGCAGCGCAGCUGGCAGUCUUCGGUCGUCGCGUUCCGCAUCGGUAGCCGACAGUCGUCGCAGCUCGAUCGUUGAUCUUGGUGAGUCCAGCAUGCCUGGUCUCUUGGAGCUCGGUGCGUUGCCGCCUUUGCCAAGCUUGGCCGGGCAGAGCUCUGCUGGCGGCGCCAACGGCCAUUCAAUGCAUUCUGGAUCCUCCGCUGCUCGAAUCUUGCCGAGUGGUGUUGCUGGACCGCAAGGGUCGGUUUCGAAAGAGGGCACUGUGUCUGCUGGAGCUUUUGCAAGAGCCACAAAGACCGCUGAUCCUGAACGCGACCGACCCGAGUUUGGACACGUUACCAGCUCGUCCGACGUGCCGUUGGUGCAAGCUACGAGCUCGAGCAUCUCUCGCCCUCGCGCAUCCAAUAGGAACAGGACGUCCAGCUCAACAAUUGAGUCUCACACUGCUUCAACCUUGGGGUCUUUGACCGGCAACCAGAUAUCGAACCGCAGCAGCCAGACCACGAAUGUCGUUGACAGCCCAGCGGAUCAAAAUGCUCUAUCAAGCUACGGCUUCGUCGACAGCCCUGGAGUGUCUGAGGAUCCAAUCACCUACGAUGUUUCUGGUUCUCUCGACGAUGCGGUGACCAAGAGUGGCUGGCGCGCUGCUCCGCUCGAAGCAGCGACAGACCGCUACGACACGCCCGCAGGGGGAAACGAGUCACCAACCCGACCAGAGACGAUCCGCAAAUACACGUUGACCGACGAACCGCUUUCCUCGCCGACAACAGGUAGCACGAUCGUUCGAAGCAAACGAGUCGUCAAAGGCCGUCAAAACUCAUCCUCGUCGGUCGCGACCAAUGCUAGUCGCCGAUCGCUCGCCGCCCUGCGGAGGAGCAGCCGCAACUCGAUUGUCGAUCCAACACCGACGUCGCCACGGCUGCCGCUGCCUGAGGUGGAGGAACACAUGGAUGCCUAUGGCGGCAUUGCGGACGGAAUCGGUGGAGAGGAAGUGAAUGGGUCGGUGCACGACACUGACGAAAGAGGAUAUUACAGUUAUGCGGUUGCUGGAGACACCCCGCGCGAGCAGAGCGUGGACGUGAGAUCUCUGCGUAUUGGCGAUGACCAGCAGAAUGCGCCGACGUCGCCACUGUCAAUCAGUCGGAACGGUAGCGGUGCCCGGCCGUCGACUGAUCGAAGCGGCUUCAUCUAA